AUGUGCACGGACAUUCUAGACUGCUGUGACCAGGGGACAGAGCAGUGCUGUGACCAGGGGACAGAGCAGUGCUGUGACCAGGGGACAGAGCAGUGCUGUGACCAGGGGACAGAGCAGUGCUGUGACCAGGGGACAGAGCAGUGCUGUGACCAGGGGACAGAGCAGUGCUGUGACCAGGGGACAGAGCAGUGCUGUGACCAGGGGACAGAGCAGUGCUGUGACCAGGGGACAGAGCAGUGCUGUGACCAGGGGACAGAGCAGUGCUGUGACCAGGGGACAGAGCAGUGCUGUGACCAGGGGACAGAGCAGUGCUGUGACCAGGGGACAGAGCAGUGCUGUGACCAGGGGACAGAGCAGUGCUGUGACCAGGGGACAGAGCAGUGCUGUGACCAGGGGACAGAGCAGUGCUGUGACCAGGGGACAGAGCAGUGCUGUGACCAGGGGACAGAGCAGUGCUGUGACCAGGGGACAGAGCAGUGCUGUGACCAGGGGACAGAGCAGUGCUGUGACCAGGGGACAGAGCAGUAUUGA